AUGCGGCGCCGCCAGGACCCCGGCGCCGGCCAGGGCCUCGUGUCGACGGCGCAGCUGCGCCGCUCGAUGCGCCAGAAGUGGCUAGGCCGCAGGCUGGGGGCGCUAGUCACCGGGCAGCGCACGCUGGUGGCUGCCGAGGUGCCGCUGACCCUCGCGCUGACGUCAGAGGCGGCCAAGGAUGACCCCGACCUCGGGGCAUCUUACGCCGAGCUGAUGGACCUGGGCCUCGUCGAUGAGAGGGCCGCGGUGGUGACGAUGCUGCUGGUCGAAAGGAUGCGGGGGCGGGAGUCGCGGUACGCCCCCUGGAUACGGCUGCUGCCCACGAGCUUCACCACACCCCUGUGGUUUGACGAGGAGCAGCUGAGGGAGCUCCGCGGCACCACCCUCGCCGCCGCCGCCGCGACCCACAUGCGCACGCUGCGCGCGCAGUGGCAGCGGCUGCAGCCCGCCGUCGCGGCGAUGCUGCGCCAGGUCAACGCGCCCGAGGAGCCGGCUUUUGAGGACUUCGCCUGGGCAUACUCGGUGUUUUGGUCGCGCGGCCAGAGCCUGCCGGUGCCGGAGCGCGCGGCGGCGGCGGAGGAGGAGGGCGAGCGGGGCGGUGCGGCGGGCGGCGCGCUGCGGGUGGUGGUGCGCGAGGGCGUCGUGCCGGGCCUGGACUUUGCCAACCACAGCGCGCAGGCCAACUGCUGGUGGGAGGUUGUUGAGGCGGACCUUGGGGCGGGCCCCGCGCGUGCCGCAAGCGGCCAGCUUGAGGGCGGCGGCGGUGGCAGCAGCAGCAGCAGGAGCAGCAGCACAGGCGGAGUCAAUGGCCACGGCUGCUAUGUGCAGCUUGUGACCAACCGGGCCUGCCUGCCCAAAGCCGGCUCGGAGCUGACCAUCUCCUACGGCGACAAAUCCAACGAGGAGCUCCUCAUGCUGUACGGCUUUGCAACCCAAAACAACCCCAACGACCAGCUGAUGAUACCCUGCCCCCUGCCGCCGCGCCAAGAGUGGCCGGACGAGACCGUCGGCCGACUGCGGCUGCUGCAGGCGCGCGGCCUGCGGCCGCAGCUCUUCCUGUCCGCGUCGCGGCUGGCGGCGCUGCAGGAGGGCGCGCCCGGCCGGGAGCGCGGCAGCGCGCUCGACGGCGACGCGCGGCGCGUGCUCGAGGCGUUUGUGAUGUCCCCCGCUGAGCUGGCUGCGCGGCUGGACGCCUUGGAACGCGGCGGCGGCGGCGGCGGCGGCGACGACGACGACGAGGAGUGGCCUGCAGGCGGCGGCGAGGGGCGGCCUGCCGGCAGCGGCGCGGGCGCGGGCGCCAGGGCGGCCGCGGCGGCGCGCGUGGAGCGGCUGGGGGCGGAGAUGGCGCUCAUCACCACGUUGGUGCGGCUGCUCGAGCUCAAGGUAGUGGAGCUUGAGGGGGAGGAGGAGGGCACGGGGCCGCUGGAAGGCGAUGAGGUGCGGCUGGAGGAGCAAGGGGGCGGCCGGCUGGCGCCGUGGCUGCGCAGCUGCCUGCUGUACCGGGCCGGGCAGAAGCGGCUCGCGCGCGGGUGGCUGGCGGCGGCGCGGCGGGAGCUUCAGGAGACGCUGGGCGCGUUGAGGGCGGCGGAGGAGGCGGAGCGGGGGACGGGGGAGGCGGAGGACACGUCUGGCGUUGCGCCAGUGGCGGCGGCGGCGGCUACGGCGGGCUGA